UUUAUUUUAUCACAGAAACAAAAUAUAAAUAAAUAUACAUCAAUUUUCUAUUACAAUUAUUUCGAACGUGGAGAUAAUGGAUGUGAACAACAUGAUUUUUACACAACCAUAAAUGACGAAUUAAAUAUACGUUAUCAGCUUUACAAAUUUCCAGAAAUUUCUGAAAAAAUUGUAAGAGCUCUUUGUUAUAUAUAUAAUAGAAGAAAAAAUCUCUCAGCUGAUUUUAAAGAAGAUUUUUGUUGGUAUUUGUAUUAUUGGUUAGGUGAUAAAAUAUAUCCCGUAGUACAUGAUAAGAUCAUAUUUUCAAAUAUUAUUAAAAUGAUUUAUGCAGAGCUAUAUAAGAAUAUUACAGAAGAUUUUAUAGUGUGUAGACAUGUUUAUUCCUCAAUUAAUCAAGAUACCUUUAAGGAUAAUAAAAUCAUGUUUGAUUAUUCUGAGGAUUAUCAAAACAUUAAGAUUGAUACUCCCCAUGCUGAAACGACGUGUGAUAAAGAGUAUAAGAAUUACAUAAACAAGUAUAUUAAUAUGUAUAAUCAGGUAUAUUCAGAUUGCUAUAAGGGGGAAAAGAAGAAUUUCGAUUGUAACUAUUUUUCUACAUUAUUCAAGGAAGACGAUUACAGAACAUUAUCGUCAUUCAGCUGUAUACAAAGUGAUAAUGGUAGAGUAUUUUCAGAUGUGCAAGGAGGACCUGAAGAAGAACCAUCUGCAUUAGAUCAAUAUGUUCUUCAGGCUACAGCAAGGGCUUCAGUUAGACAUCCCCAUUCAAUAAGUUAUUCCGGUUUAUCCAGGAAUCACAGUUCUAAUAGUCCAGAAAAUCUAGGAAGAAUUGAAACUAUUCCAGUAGAAGACACUGCUGAAGGUUCAUCUUCAAAAACUAUUGCGGGCUCAAUUGUUCCAGUAUUAGGAGUUUCUUCAUUUUCUCUUCUAUUAUAUAAAGUUACACCAGUUGGAGGAUUUAUAAACAGAUUACUAGGAAGGAACGGAAAUAUGUACAAUAAUAUAGUUCAAAUGGAUGAAUUCAAUCCAUAUAAUGAUGGAAUGGAUCCUGGCGGCAGAAGAAUGAAUAUAUCAUAUCAUAGAAUGUAA